CUGCCUUCUCUCCUUCCCUUCUAUGCUAGGAAACCUGCUGCGAUUUUGUUAUCUCUUUAAACGAUUAUUUUUGAGACAAUUCGAACCCCUCGGUAGAGAAAGCCACUACCAUCUAUAUCGGACCUACGUUUCUAUACUUCGAUGGUUUUAUAAAACUUCAGUUUUACACCAUCAUUCUAUCAGAGAUAUCAGGUCCGAUCCGGAACUAUCUCAAUCAUGGCUUCCCUGGGCUCCCUGCCAUACCGUCGACCCUCACGCCAGAGCUCUAGGCAGGCCUCGAGAGACAACCGAGAUGAAAUCCAGGUGCAUGUGGACCAUUAUAUUGGCAUCGAUGUCGGCACCGGGAGUGCACGUGCAUGUAUCAUCGAUGAUAAAGGGGACAUUGUCGGACUGGCGUCUGAGAACAUCGGGCUCUGGCAACCUCAGCAGGGAUACUAUGAACAAUCUACCAACGAUAUCUGGAGAUGUAUCUGUGUGGCCGUUCAACGGGCUAUCAGCCAGCAUAAUAUCGACCCCGAGACUGUGAGAGGCAUCGGUUUCGAUGCGACUUGUUCAUUAUCCGUAUUUUCCAAUGUAACCGAUGAGCCCAUCUCAGUCACAGGCCCCAACUUCGACUCCGACCGCAAUGUGAUUCUGUGGCUGGAUCAUCGUCCCGUCGAAGAAACCGAGAAAAUCAAUGCCACGAACCACAAUCUUCUUCGCUACGUGGGCGGCAAAAUGUCGAUCGAGAUGGAAAUCCCCAAGGUUCUAUGGCUCAAGAACAAUAUGCCGAAAGAGCUCUUCGAUCAGUGCAAAUUCUACGACCUGGCAGACGCGUUGACCCAUAUCGCCACAGGAACCGAGAAAAGGAGUUUCUGCAGUGUGGUUUGCAAGCAGGGGUAUGUUCCUGUUGGUGUGGACGGGAGUGUGAAAGGCUGGCAAGACGACUUCUUGACUGAAAUCGGCUUGGGUGACCUAGUCGAGGAUAACUUCAAGCGCAUGGGCGGUGUUGACGGGGUGAAUGGCGAUUAUCUCAGUGCUGGCGAGUUAGUGGGAACACUAUGUGACAAGGCAGCAUCUGAACUGGGGCUUCCGUCAGGGAUCGCGAUUGGCAGCGGUGUCAUUGACGCGUAUGCAGGCUGGAUCGGUACAGUCGGCGCCAAAGUAGAGUUGGAGCCCGGGCAAUUGAGCUCCGAAGUCUCGAAGAAUGAUAAGUCCCAGGCUUUCUCACGCUUGGCCGCUGUCGCUGGAACUUCAACGUGCCACCUUGCAAUGUCGCAGGACCCCGUCUUUGUGCCUGGUGUUUGGGGACCGUACCGCAAUACCAUUCAGCCGGGAUAUUGGAUGGCCGAGGGCGGCCAAUCCGCGACUGGCGAGUUGCUCAAGCAUGUCAUUGAAACUCAUCCAGCAUUCAAUCAGGCGGCCUCAAUCGCCGAGUCCUACCAUGCUAAUAUAUAUGAAUACCUAAACGAACAUCUGAAGGAGAUGACCCACGAGCAGGAAGCCCCUAACAUUUCUUAUCUAGGCCGGCAUUUGUUUUUUUACGGAGAUUUGUGGGGAAACCGUUCUCCUAUUGCGGAUGCUGCCAUGGCGGGAUCCGUCGUCGGUUUGACAAGUGAUAAAUCUGUCGAUGGUCUUGCAGUGUUCUACUAUGCUACUCUCGAGUUUAUUGCACUGCAAACCAGACAAAUCGUGGAAACCAUGAACAAAGCCGGCCACACGAUUACCUCAAUCUUCAUGUCUGGUUCUCAGUGCCAGAAUGAUAUUUUGGUUAAACUAAUAGCGUCGGCGUGCGAUAUGCCGGUACUUAUUCCUCGGUAUAUUCAUGCUGCCGUGUGUCAUGGAGCAGCGAUGCUGGGUGCCAAAGCUGCUAGUGCUGAUCCGGAGGGCAAGACUGAGGAUCUUUGGGAAAUUAUGGAUCGGAUGAGUAAACCAGGAAGGAAGGUCGUUCCAACCAGCGAUAUGAAGGAGAAGGCACUGCUCGACGUCAAAUACAAGGUUUUUCUUGAACAAUGCUACAAGCAACAGGAGUACCGGGCUCUCGUUGAUCGAACCGUGAGCUCGUGGAAACCUUAA